CUCACAAAGCUCCUGCUGCUAGGCUACUGUUCCAGUGCUACUCUAUGUGUUGACAACUGAUUAAUCAAUACGUUGACAACACUGCUCGGAGGAAGACCAUUUCAAUUCAGUUCCUUUCAUCUGCUUGGAAUGGGCGAUGUGGAGUCAUGUGGAGGUUUGUCCUGACCUUCAGUCUGCUCUGCUGGGGCUCUGAGGCCACUGUGAGCUGCAGAAAUGUUAACAAUGGUAUCGUGGACUGGUACAUCAUAUACAAGGCGCCUCUCACUAGUUCGAUGUAUCUCUACAUCGAUUCAACUGGGAUAACAAAGAUGGAACCCUCAACGCCAAACUACAAGAGCAUCAGUGAUCCGACCGGCGUCCUGGCAAACACCCUGGAGCCCAUCUUUAAACCAAUCAGAUCAAUGCCAAAUGAAUUUGGAUUCAUCAGCUACAACGAUCAGCCUCCAGGAUGUCAAGCCAACGAUGUCUUUGGCCACAGUAAAGGAGUUCUGAUGAUGGAUAAACAUAGCACUGGAGUCUGGCUCUUACACAGCACGCCAAACUUCCCCUUCAGAAGAGAUCCCAAUCAUUUCUGGCCCAGCACCGGAGAAUCGUACGCUCAGACGUUCAUCUGUGCGACGUUCAACUACCAAGAGUUCAGCAACAUCGGUAAUCAUCUGCAGUACAUCGGAGCGUUCCCGUUUGAAUAUGAUGUUCCAGUGGACUUUCACCAAGAACUAAGGGAUGCUGUUAACUGGGUCAAAAAACCAGCGCCCAACAAUUUCCGGACGCUGACAUCAAGUGGAUCCCAAGGCUUUAGGAGCUUCGCCAAGCAACAGAACGCGCAGCCAAAAAUUGGAGAUCUUUACGUCAACAUAGCACAAUUACUCGGCAGCGAUGUGAGCGCCCAGACCUGGACCCGUGAUCAGCCCGGAAGCUACUGUGUUAAGAACAUGCACAAAGUGUUCAAUGUCAAAACAGUAAAAACUGAUCUGGGUGAUUGGAGCGCCUCAAAGGAUCAUUCAAAGUGGUGCGUCCCCACAGAUUCACAGACUCACUGGACCUGUAUCGCUGAUGUGAACAGGGCGCCGACCCAGAAUAAGAGGCGGGGGGGCGCGCUGUGCAUUGAAAGUGAAGCCGUUCAAAAAAUAUUCCUGCAUUUUGCUGGGAUCACUGAGAAUUGUCUGGUUAAGAACGACAAGGACAUCUUUGAUCAGAUCAUGGACUUGCUGUCGUUCCUCAGACUGUGAACCUAAACCCUGAGGCCGGAGGAACCUCACUGCAGCUCCAUCAAUACUGACGGUCUAAUAAAAACACUGUGUGGGAUGCUGUGAUUGAUAAUUACUAGUUUGAUCCUCACAUGUUGUUAACGGGACACAAGAGAGAAAUAUUAAAGACAGAUAUAUACAAGUCA